AACAAUGGAAAUAUAAAUUUAAUGAAUACUACUAGUUAGUAUGUUUUAUUAGUUUAUCGAAAUGAGUGGAAAAGGAAGGUAUGCAUCACCAGAAGGAUCUAAAAUUUGGGAGUACUGGGCAGCAUUUGUAUGCUCAGUUCAGGCAUUUUGUAUUGGAUGUAUAAUAGGAUGGAGCUCGCCAACUCUGGUAAUAUUAUUAGGGUCAGAUUCACCAAUUCCUAUCGAUCAUGACAGUGCUUCAACAAUCGCAGCUGUAUCAGCGAUAGGUCAUUUGGCUGUGGCUCUAAUCAGUAAACUGAUGAUCGAUAGUUUGGGUAGAAAAAAUUCAAUGUUCUUGGGUGGAUUACCUCUGAUAAUAUGUUGGUUAUUGACCUUCUACGCUUACAACAUAUGGUUCCUGAUAGUCGCACGAGUGUCAGCUGGUGCUGCCUUAGGCAUUGUAUUCAGUGUUAACCCACUGUAUUUAGGUGAAAUAGCAUCAAUUGAAAUCCGUGGAAUAAUUAGUUCUACAAUGUCCAUAAUGAUUAAUCUAGGAGUACUGUUUGCGUAUAUAAUAAUACCGUAUCUAAGUAUUUCAAUGACAGCUAUGAUACUUUUAACAAUCAGUGUUGCGGUAGAAAUAGCUAUUUAUUUUAUUCCCGAGUCACCGUAUUUUUUGAUGUCAAAAGGCCGUGAAUUGGAGGCCGAAAUGGUAUUAGAAAAAUUACGUGGAAAGCUUGAUGUUUCGGAGGAAUUGAUGUUGAUUAAAAGUUUGAUUAACGACAGUAGCUCGAAAAAAAAAGACCCGGGCUUUAUGGAAUCAUUUAAGUUACUAUUCAGAGUCAAGAGUAACUUACGCUCCUUUGCUAUUAUUAAUCUUACCAUUAUUCCCCUAUAUUUUGGGGGAUUAGUUACUAUUAUUGUGUACGGAAAUAUGAUAUUUCAGGCUGCGGGAAAUUCAAUUAGUGACCAUAUUGCUAUUAUCUCAAUAGCAACAAUUCAAGUUAUUGCAUCAAUUAUAUCGAGUUUCGUUGUUGAUCGAGUAGGACGCAAACCUCUUAUUUGUGGUGCGGGCAUUGCUAUCGGCAUAUGUAAUUUUAUCAUUGGUGGUUAUUUUUUUAUUAAAGAAUACGCCGGUAAUGAUCAUAUUACGGAGUACAGUUUUGUACCACUUAUAGCAGCAACAUUACUCGUAUUUGCUUCAAGCAUAGGUUUGACAAAUAUUCAAUCAAUAUUGACUGGUGAAAUUUUGGCGCCCAAUAUUAAAGGUAUCACUAGCUGCCUUAUUAAUGUGUCAUCCAGUUUAAUUGCUGUUGUUUCUAUAAAACUUUACGUCGUUCUUUCUUUCAAUCUUGGUCACUCAAUACCGUUUUUGAGUUAUGCUAUUAUUGUUUUAAUUUCAACAAUUACUUUAUUAAUUCUUACACCCGAAACAAAAGGUAGAACUUUUGCGGAAAUUCAAACAAUGCUUAUGAAAUAACUUUUAUUUAAAUAGUUUUUAAUAAAGACUGACAUUAUUGUAAU